UUCCUGUGGAUCCCUGUCGCGUGGUGCGUCGUGGAGCCGCCGACCAAAGUGACCCUGCAUUGCCACAAUCUGCAAAACACCCUGGAGUGGAGUUACGGCCGCUUCUUGCCAGGCCUCAGAUUCAGAGUCGAUAUCCGGCCAUAUGAAGGCUUGCCCACUCAGCUGUGGGUCGACCCACCUGCUCUCCAGGCCAACUUGUCAUCUUUCUCUGAUCCUAGCAACGCGUAUCUUGUGUUGGUAACUGCCGUGGUUGGUCAGAAUGAGUCGGCCGCUGAUGAGGAAAUCACUUUCAGCUACUUUCACGGCUCUAGUUCAUCUCAGAAAUGUUCUGUGGACCUCCCACCAGUUAACAUCGUGGCCCAACCGGACGACAAUGUCUUGUUCCACUUCAUGCAUCCCUGGCUGUGGUACCACCCCACGGAGCCCAACAGCCCGAAUUCAAAACUGAGAAAGAAGAAAAGCUCCGGCAGAAAAGAGCUUCCUGUGUUUAAAUACAGCGUUGUGGUCGUCGGCCAGGCUCGUCAGCAUCAUUUCCACUGUGGGAAGAGUGAGUGUAAGCAGGAGAUUCCAGUGGAGGCGUCGCAGGAGAAACACUGUCUGAGCAUCACAGGAGAGCUGGAGAAAAUGGCCGUUGAAUCCACAGAGUUGCACUGCACCAUGCCGUUGAUCCCAGUGCCACCUGACCAGAACAAUUACAUUGUCUACAUCAUCGUCAGUGUGUUGGGAGUCUGUGUUGUUGUAUUUGUCGUCUUCUUGGUUUACAAAAAGAAGACCUGGCCAAAGACUGUGAUUCCAGGCUCUAUGUCAAUCAAAAGACCCAUGCAGGGGUCCAUGGCGGUCGUUCCGGAGCAGGUUGUUGUGUUAAGAGUGGAGCCGUCCUCUCCCACACCUCUACUGUCCAACGAAGAAGAGCCCAUGUUCACGCCCUCUGCUCCCACCAUUGACUCUCCUGUCCUACGUCUGCGAGCUGUCCUGAAAAACGCUGAAGAUGAGCCUGAUGAGGAGGAGCCCCUGAGUGAUGAAGGACAGGGGUACUUGAGAGGCGGCAGCCUGGAUGAAGAUGAGCCACAGGACAACAUUGAGGCCCAGCAUGGCUACGAGAAGCGUCCAGUGUUGGUAAAGAUGGGGUCAGAUGAGCUGGUGGAGGCCUAUCGCUCCUGAAGGUGAUGCUGGUAUCCUCCGAACAGGUUGACUGUGGCUCUUGCCUGUAAUGAUCCAACAGUUAACAAGUUACAAAGGAGUUAUGGCUACAGAAGGUUCAGUCGAUGUCCUCAUCAAAUGUGAAAAAGAAGCCUUUUGAAAAUCAGUUAAACAUUGUCUCAGUAUUCUGCCUUAGUAAUGACUGAUUAACAAAAAGUGAAUUUGAUCAUUUACCAGAAUAUCAGCAGUGAAGACACACUGCUCAUCUGUUUAUUACCCCGUCUCAGAUAUUAGUGAUUCACUUUGCUGCUCUCACAAACUGCGCGUGUCUGAUUGUACGACAUAGUGAGAAAGCAUCUUAUUCAUUAUAUGUGGGAGUUAGAUAAAUGACGCAUUAAAGCUGAUGCCAAAAACCGAUUUUCAUCAAACUCUUUGGAGGCAUGUUUAAAUGUGCUUCCCUAAUCUUAAUUUCAAAUGCAGACUGAUGUUAGAGGAUCUUUGGUAAACAUCACAUUGUGCUCCUGCCUCAAAGUAUCUUGUUAUUUCGUGAUGUUGUGUACACCAGUUUUAUUUAUUUAACACUUGGGUGUUUUAGCGCCGCGUCGAUGAAAACAACAGCCAUAGAUCUUUUCUUUGUAAUUUCUAAUUCACUGCCCCACUCCUGGAAACAUGAGAGCAGAAAACAGGAAAUGAAAAAUUAUUGCACUAGAACUGUUCCAACUGGAGCAGAGUUGUUGUCUUAAAGUGCCCAGUUGAUCGAAUGCCUUCACGUUAUGUGCCAUUGUCAUGUGACAGUCAAAAGCCUAAUCAAUGAUGCGUCUGUCCAAGUGAACAAUGUUCACUUUAUAAUACUCAGAGGCUCUUUGACAUUAAAUCCAUUGAAUCGAUACAUUUUAAAGGUCAGACUUUGGAUCUAUUUCCGUCUGUGUUGCCAGGAUGAAAAGAAAAAUACUUUUAAUACAUCAAAUAUCUUUUAACGAGGUUAGUCAUUGGUUGAUAAUAAGCCCGUGACGAUACUGUGUCAGUGACUUAUAAGAAAAGUGUAAAUUAAGAUAAACAGCAAACGAUAAAGGAUUUAUUAACCAUUCCAUAAACAUAAUAUCCUACUACAUCUAUACUAUCUGUUGCAUGAACACAAGCAUUAACAUUUUCAUUACUAGUAGAGCUGAGUCUAAAUCCUGUCUUCACUGUGGAAAGAUAAAGUAUAUCCUGUAAAUGCAUUUGCACUUCAUUGUUUUUUCAAUAUGAUUCAAAUGCUUUAUUUUACUAUGAAGAUGCACCUUAAAGUUUCAAGUAAGUUUUAUUUUUUUAUACAUUUUAUUCUGUGACUGUGUUUGAGUCAAAGAAAAUUAAGAUAAAUGGGCAGGUCACGAAAGAAAUGUGAUGAAGAUUUGAUUGAUUUUUAAUACGGAGCUGUUCAGGUGCGUCCUCGUCCUCACCUGUUGCUCCAUCAGGAGAAGAAGGGAAAAAUGAAUAAUAAGUUUGUAAAAAGCAUAAAUCAAACAUUCAAAUUAUCUCUAGAAGCAUUUACAGUAUUUAUAAUUUAAAAAUGCGUGGAUCCAUUUCUGUUUGAGUUUCUUUCACUUCGUCUGGCUGUAUGAGACCCAGACUGACCUGUUGAUGCAGAGAUCAGGGCUCACUGGGGUCGGGGGGCCUCAUCUGGUGUUCCUGAAGAAACGAGUAGUUGGUUUAGUGACGGUUUUGAGCUUUAGAAUAAUUUUCAUUUCAUCAUUCCCUGAUGGUCCUGUUCGAUGAAUAAGAAUCCUCAACGUUACUGCAUCUCAAACCUUUCAAGUUCCCUGUCACUGUAUAUGCAGAAUGUGUUUUUAUAAUAAUUCUGGGUUUUUUUGUGUGUGUGUAAGAUUUGCAGACGAUUCUACUGAUCAGUUUGAAUGAUUGUCUGGGUCAAAUGUUUGAGUUUUAUUUUGUUAAGCAAAUCGUUGGCCUUUCUGUUGCAAACUGCUGGAUUUAUCCUUUUUAUGUAGCAUACAUUACUUCAUUAAAAACAAAUUCUCUCUACCUUUU